AUGGCUUCUACAGCUGAGAAAGAUUUGACACAGAUGGAUGUCAAAGAUACAUCCACUCCAUCUGAUCCGCCCUCCAUCAAAGAUGGCGCUCACGACAACGUCGACGUCGGCGUCGUCCUCACCCACGAUGAAUACCAUCUUGCCACCCUGGGAUACAAACAAGAGUUCAUUCGAUCCCUGGGCUUCUUCGAGAGUUGGGCCGCGACAUUCACUUCUAUGAACUUCAUCUCUGGUAUUCCUGUCUUAUUUGGGUGGGUUAUGUACACCGGAGGACCCCAAGCAGCAUUCGCCAACUGGACAAUGAUUGGUGGCCUUUCCUGCAUCGUGAGCUUGGUCAUGGCAGAGCUGGCCGCUGCGCUACCCACCACCGGCGGCAUCUACUUCUGGAGCUACCGUCUAGGCGGAGAGAAGUAUGGUCCCUUCCUCAGCUGGAUGACAGCAUGGUGGAAUUUUGCAGGCUGGUGUUGA